AUGGCGGACGCAAUGUUUGCCAAACAAGACGGUUCGUCUCUCUACCAAACGGCGUUUACUUUGAUUCAUUCAUAUCUAUAUCAAGUGCCAUCUAUCUAUCUAUCUAUCUAUCUAUCUAUCUAUCUAUCUAUCUAUCUAUCUAUCUAUCUAUCAGCAUACAAAAUGUCACAAACUUGCAUACGCAAUCUAUCUAUCUAUCUAUCUAUCUAUCUAUCUAUCUAUCUAUCUAUCUAUCUAUCUAUCUAUGUCCAUAAUUAUCUAGCUCACUAUGCUCAUAUCUAUCUAUCUAUCUAUCUAUCUAUUUGUUCAUGUCUAUCUCAAUCUGUUCAUAUCUAUCUAUCUAUCUAUCUAUCUAUCUAUCUAUCUAUCUAUCUCCGUUUAUAUCUACGAAUAUGUGUUUAUGGCUGGAAUUAUAAGAUCUAUCUAUCUAUCUAUCUAUCUAUCUAUCUAUCUAUCUAUCUAUCUCAAGGAUCAUCGUCAUCGUCGACACCCACUCGCAUCGAGAUCAUCAUCCACUCUCUCUCUCUCUCUCUCUCUCUAUUCCCCUUCUUCCCGCCUGGUGGAGAGUUCAGAUUUUCGCCAGUGUCAAAUUACUAUCUAUCUAUCUAUCUAUCUAUCUAUCUAUCUAUCUAUCUAUCUAUCUAUCUAUCUUUUUACUCUUUUCACUUCUUUCUUUCUUUUUCUCUUUUUCCUAUUCUCGUUUCACUGUUACUAUUUUCAUUUCUUUCUUUCUUUCUUUCUUUCUUUCUUUCUUUCUUUCUUUCUUUCUUUCUUUUCUCUUGUUCUACUUUAUCUUACUCAUCAUUUCUUUCUUUCUUUCUUUCUUUUUUCUUUCUCUUUUUUUCAUAUUCUUUUCUUUUUAUAUUUCUGUGUUUUGUCGCUCACUCUCCUUCUGUUUUUAUCUUCUCCCUUCUUUCUCUCUAUUCUCAUUGUCACUUUCUUUUCUCUUACGCUCUUCUUUUCGUUUCUUUUUUUUCUUCUCUCCUAUUGAACUUUCUCCCUCUCCAUUUCUCGCUUUGUCUCUAG